GCCAAUGCCACGAAGAUCAUCUUCACUCCCUACCUCAUCCCUGGAAAUACCGUCUCGUGGUUUGUGUGGCUCGAGCUGGUCCUCUGAGCAUACCCCCGUAUAUCAGCCACCAUGCGCGGCAUGCUCCUUUCCCUUUACGCCCUGGCGCUUUCGCUCGCGCCACUGGUUUCCGCCGCUCUGUCCAUGCCCGAGGAGCCUCUGACGCCCGACAACUUCAAGUCAACCAUCAAAGACGGUCUCUGGUUCAUUGAGCACUUCUCCCCAUAUUGCGGGCACUGCAAGCACUUCUUCCCGACGUGGCAGCAGCUCGUGAAGGACGUAGCGAACGAUCCGGCACAACCGCCUGUGUACCUGGCGCAGGUGAAUUGCGCGGUCAAUGGAGAUCUAUGCAAUGCGAACGGCGUACGGGGCUACCCCCAGCUCAACAUGUUCUACAACGGAGAGUCGGUCGAGCAGUUCCGCGAAGCACGCGAGCUUGACAUCCUCAAGGCCUUCAUCCAAAAGCAUCGUGACGCACACCAAGAAGAUGCCAAAUCUCCUCCCUCACCACCUCCCACCGAAGAGGCACCUGCACCAGUGGUCCUCAACCCCACCGGCACGGUUCUCGUCGCCGACGACAAGAUCCUCCCCUCCGCCCUUGCCCUCGGUCCUGCGUUCAUCAAGUUCUACGCGCCCUGGUGCGGCCACUGCAAGAAGCUUGCGCCUACCUGGGACCUUCUCGCGCAGCACAUGCAGAACCGCCUGACGAUCGCCGAGGUCGACUGCGAAGCGCACCCUGCGCUGUGCAAGUCGUACAACGUGAACGGAUAUCCGACGCUCGUGUACGUGAACCAGGCGGGCGUGCGCUCCGAGUACAACUCGGGGCGCAAGCUUGAGCAGUUGAUCGCGUUCGUGGAGAAGGCGAGCGCACCCGCGGUGGUCGCGAUCAAGCCCGACGAGCUUGAGACGCGCGUGAAGGAGGACGAUGUCGCGUACUUACUCCUCCACCCUGCAGACGAUACAUCCAUCAUCUCCACCGUCGCCCAAGCCGCCUCUCCCCUCCUCGGCUCUCCCCGCAUCUACACCUCCCCCACCACUAUCUUCCUCUCCCGCUUCCACAUCCCCUCCUCCGCAAAGUGGGCCAUCCUCGCCCUCAAGGACCACGACGCACUCACGCCCACCUCCGUCUUCUACGGCACCGCUACGACAGAGCUCUCCUCCGCGGAGACUGCCGCCCUCAGCCGCUGGCUCCUCGCGAACCGCCUCCCGACGGUCACCGAGCUUACACAGGACAGCUUCCAGGGCGUGAUGAACGCGCCACAGAACCCGCUCGUCGUGAUCGCGGCAGCGCACGGGAAGGCGACGCGCGAGCGGGUGCAGGAGCGCUUGCGGGACCUCGCAGCGAAGUGGCGCGCAAGGACGGCGGGUACGGGGCGCGCGGGGGCAAAGGACGCGACGGACUUGAACGGUCGGGAGAUCGUGUUCACGUCCAUGGAUGCAGAGCGGUGGGGAGACUGGAUUAAGAGCAUGUAUGGCAUUAAGGAGACGAAGGUGAAGGAUCUCGACGACGUUCCGGUGGUCAUCGCCGACCACAAGAACCUCAUCUACUACGAUGACGACGGCCACGGCUCCUCUCUUCACCUCAGCGCCUCGUCACUGCUGCCCGCGAUCGAGGCGGCUGCAUCAGGCAAGCUCUCGCCCAAGAACUCGGAGAACUUCCUCGAACGCAUGGCAAGAUACGUCAACGCCAAAAUCACCUCCGCCGAGUCGUAUAUCGUCGAGCACCCAGGGCACCUCGUGUUCAUCGUCGUCGCUGCGGUAGGCAUGGUAGGCUGGGUAGUGAAGCGCGUCGUACUCGACGCUCCCGGAGACGAGUAUGGGUACAAUCAGAAGGGCAGGAGAGUAGAUUAAUGUGUAUGUUGGUGUUGGGUUAUACUCUAGACCUAUUUAUUGGCAACAUGAGAAGAUCUGAAGAGC